ACUUAUUUGGGUUUUUUACUAAUUAAAUUACGAAAGGUGAUACAGCUACACAAGUUUUCCAUCCGCAGCCAUGUUGAGGACAGAUGUUACUGUUCAUAUCGCGUUUGGGUGCUAAACAAAGCGAGAAGUUUAUCGGCAGAGGUAUUUCCGUGCUUUUAGGAUCAAUUUCAGGAAAUAAUUACAACUUCGCGAGCAUUGUCAAUCCAGUUGCCAACGGACGUGACAAGGAUGGCACAAUCUGGGAACAUCUUGGAGAAGAAAUGGCAGCAGAUGACUUACGCAAAACACCGACAGAGACUUAAAGAGACGAAAUCGACGUUAAAAGGAGAAACCUCGUUACAGUUUAACGACGAAGAGGCCCAAUUGCAAAUGAGAGUCAGGCGGAUUAUGGCCGAAGAGCAAAGACAGGCUGUAAUCGACAAACAAAACCACAAGCUGCUGCAAAGAAUUGUUGAUAUCAUGACAUCGAAAAAGAAGAGAUUUCCCGUGACGAGUACCAACGAGACAAAGAGGAAGGUCAGUAAACCAGGUCAAGCAGCGGAAAGCUCAACAGCAAAACCCAAACAAA